GGACAUAUUGCUACCUUCAAUCCGAUCACUUCAGAGCUUAUUAUAUGACCUGGAGGAAGAUAUGAUCUUUUGAAAUGGGGAUAACGUUAUGAAAUCUUCCAGAGGAUCUCAGACAAACCUGGAUAUGAAUUUAGACUCCUCUGUCAGAGUGAAGAAAUCAAUUUCACAUCGCACGAAAGUCCUCCACUUGCUCCUUCUACUCAUAGGUUUCAGUCCUUUUAGUGUGACGACCACGACACAGCCUAAAGAGACAAGCACUCAGACUUUAGUGGACUACUUUGUGGAAAUCACUGUUGAUUCGACCGGGUCUCUGAAAAAUGAAUCAGAAAUUGGUUCAUGGCUCCAGGAUGUUUUCCAAAACCCUCUGGGGAGCUGUGCAUCUUCACACAAUGAAAACACAACAACCUCACCUCCUCAGUUGCAAACUACAUCAUCAAGCAAUCCAACUACUGCGGCUACGACCAAUAGCGACAAUGCGACCGCGCACAGCAACGCCACACCUGCAACAAUAACCACGAUAGAAAAUUCUCCUGAAGCCACAAGCACACUGCAAAACAGCACAACUUCCACUACAACGGCAUUACAAUACAGCACUACAUCCACAAGUAAUUCAAUUACUGCGGCGACGACAAAUAGCAACAUCGCGACCACGCACAGCAGCACAAUUCCAACAACUACAAUAGAAAAUAUUUCUGAAACCACCAACACACUGCAAAACAACACAACUUCUACUAUAACUGCAUCACAAAACAGCACUACAGAAGCUAUAACCACUUUAAUAAACAAUGCAACUAUAAAUACAGCCACAUUAGAAAACCCUAUCCCUAUUACAGCCACUCAUACGUUACAAAACAAAACUACAAUAGCAACAGUAUUACAAAACUCAGACACUAUAACUUUUACCACUAGUCGAACAAAGGAUGCUGACAGCAGCACAACAAGCAAAAACACGGAAGAAAAUAGUCUCAACAUCAAUAAUGCAGGUGUUAUGCGAGUAACCAGGGAAUUAAGUGACCUGUUGCAGGGACUUGAAUUUUGCUGUCAAGAGAAGACUUUAAAAAGAAAAACAAAAUGCUGGGCGCUCCUGAGGCUGAGGCGGAAUUUGUCACCAUGUUGUAUCCUGCAAACAAUCUGUGCAGCUAGUCAAAAUUCCUCUGACAUCCAAGCAGUGGGAAAUCGAGCCAAUCGAUUGAGUGAGCAAAGUAAUAAAUGCAGCAGUGCUCAUUUGGAGGAAGACAUAUGUAUUUAUACACAAAAUUCAGAUCAUUCAAAGUGCGAAGAUUCGGCGUUUGUAGCGCCUCAAUGUGGUUCAAACAAAAAAGAAAAAUGCAGCUGUGGGUCCUCCUGCAAUGGGAGUGACGCCUAUUACACUUUUGAAAUUACAAUUAAGGACCCCAAAAUGGACCGCUUUUAUCCUCUGAUUUUGAUAUCUCAGCUAAAUCAGAGCUGCCCUUCAACAAGAACUCCAUGCUCAUGGUCCGUCAUUGCUUCUAAAUACAAGAAUGCCAGUUUGGACUGUGGUCAAGCAGGAGCAAUCCCUCAAAGUUGCAGAGGCAUUUUACAGUUGGCUGAAGAGGUUCCCAUCUGUAAUGUGAGCACAGCCAUUACAACCCUGUUUCAGUCGGAGGCGAAUAUAACGUUUGAUGGGAGAAUGACCAGAGCAGCUAUCUGUGGCCAUCCAAAUGUUAGUAGCGACAAUUUUCUGGGUUCUAAGCUGACAUGGGUUAACAGUACACUCCAGCAGGCAGAGUUUUGCAAAGCACAGAAAGACUUCUCCCCUCCACUCUCUACUCAAAUCUGUCCAUUAGGGCAAAACCUGGUGGUGCAACUGAACGAGCAGUGCAUUGCUACGGUUUCCACCACGGACAGCCCGAACGUGACCAGCUUCCAGCCGAACACCACUUCUAGUGAUACGUCUCCAUCGCUGCCGUCAUCAACUCCGGACGUCACUACCGUCUCACCAGAUGAGGAAAGCCAAGCCAACGCUCUUCUUGAGCUGAGCGCCAACAUCUCCUCACUUAACUCCAGUCAAUUGGAGCAGCUCGUAUCUCAGCUGGAGGAUCUGUUGUCGGGCCCCAACAUCAGCCUCGCUUUGGCCAACACGUCCAUCCACAUAGUCAGCAACCUGCUAGGUGCCUCGGCUGAGACGCUGGCUAGCUCCUCUAACAGAAUCAUAAGGAUUGUCGAUACAGUGGGACUGAAAUUAGUCUUUGAAGAAACAGAGACUAUCUUGUCACCAGCUUUGGCACUUUCUGUCAAAGCAGUGGAUACUAGUAAUCCUCAACAAAUUCUCUUCUCUGUAUCAGACCCCAGCAAUGUACAGGUCAGAGGCAAUCCCAGGUUCUCAAGAGGUGUGAAGAACGAUGAAAUCAUCCCUCAGGGGUCCAUCUUGCUUCCUGCCUCACUUACCCAAAAUCUCACCUCAGAAGAGCUACAAAUCGCCUCCAGAGUUCACUUCAACUAUUACCAGAAGAGCACUGUAUUUCAGGACAGAUCGUUAGGAACGCGUCGACUUAAUAGCGGCAUCCUGGGAGCAAGUUUGGCAAACUUGACAGUCACAGGACUCCAGGAUGAAGUCACGAUUCGCCUCAGGAACCUCCAGCCUAUUCCUGCUAAUUAUGUGGUUUCCUGCGUCUUCUGGGACUUUGCAUUAAAUGACAGAUCAGGUGGCUGGAACACAAACGGCUGUUAUGUCCAGAACAGCACAGACAACGUGACAGUUUGUGGCUGCAACCAUCUCACCAGCUUUUCUAUACUGUUGGACCUCGCCAGGGAGCCUAUAACCAGUCGAGUGCAGGCCACCGUUUUGACCUUCAUCACAUAUAUUGGCUGUGGGAUCUCUGCCAUUUUCCUAGUAUUAACGCUCCUCACAUACUUGGCCUUUGGCAAACUGCGCAAAGACGUACCAUCUAAAAUCCUGAUCCAGCUAUGCGUGGCUCUCCUGUUGCUCAACCUGGUCUUUCUAGUGGACGCCUGGCUGGCGCUGUUUCCAGACGCCGUGGGUCUCUGCAUCUCCACUGCCUGGUUUCUCCACUACUUCCUCCUGGCCACCUUUACCUGGAUGGGCCUGGAGGCGGUGCACAUGUACCUGGCCAUCGUCAAGGUGUUAAACUCGUACGUCCCAUGGUACAUGCUCAGGUUCUCGCUGGCGGGCUGGGGCGUGCCCUUGAUCGUGGUCAUUAUCGUCAUCGCCGUGGACAAGGACAACUAUGGUGUGGUGUCCUACGGGAGGUUUUCUGACGGCGCGACGGACGACUUCUGCUGGCUGAAAAACGACAUCGCCUUCUACGUGGCUGUGGUGGCCUACUUCUGCCUCAUCUUUCUGUUCAAUUUCAUCAUGUUUGUUGUGGUGCUGGUCCAGUUGCAUAAGAUCAAACGGCAGAACCCACACAACUCGAAGCACCGCACCGCAGGAAAGGACGUGCGCAGCGUGGUGGGCCUAACCAUUCUGCUGGGCCUCACUUGGGGUUUCGCCUUUUUCGCCUGGGGACCCGCCAACCUGCCGUUCAUGUACCUCUUUGCCAUCUUUAACUCAUUCCAAGGUUUCUUCAUAUUUGUGUUCCACUGUGCGGUGAAGGAUGCCGUGAGGAGGCAAUGGCGGACAUACCUCUGCUUCGGGAAAUUUAGACUGGCUGAGAAUUCAGAAUGGAGUCGCGCGGCACCACAGAAGAGGCCAAAAAAAGCACUUUCGUCACGUCCGUCCCCAGAGUCGUCGCAGUCUAUCCUCACUCAGAACUUGGAGCUGACUCAGGGCAUAGGAAAUCUAUUUGAAGACAGAAUAAUCACUGGUGACGAAGACCCUAACAUAGAUGUCGUCAUCAACGAACUCAACAGAGAGCACAGAAGCCGUCAGAGAACAUCACACAGUUCACACUCUAAUACUUAGUAAAUGACUAGUAUUUUGUACAUUUUAUAGCAUUUUCAAUGGACACUGAAAUUUCCUCCAUUGUUUACUUGUCAGAAUCUCUUAAAAUGUUCUCUUUGCGAAUGUAAAGCAUGUGAAUUUAUGAAACAACUACCAAACCUCUGAGGCAUCAUGAAUGUUGGGAGUAGACUUUUCACUGUAAAAUAUUGAGAUUUAGCAAGUUAUAUUUUGUUUAUUCAUGAACAGAGAGUUCAGCGGUAAAAUAUGUUACAUUGAAAAUUGUCUAUGUUCCAGUGUUGUUUUUGGCAGGCUUUUAAUUUUUGUCUUAGUCUUUUUGACGAAAAUACUUAUUACUAUUAGUCAUAUUGUAGUCAUUUUUAAAUGUGUUCGUCUUUGUUUCAUUUUACUCAACGAAAACUCAAAUUUUGUGCAGUUUUAGUCGACAAUUGCUCAAAAAGUUUUAGUCCAUGAAUAAAUACAUUUUUCCAAUAAUUUUGAAUGGAGUCGGCAGGGACACCACCAUCUUUGUGAUGAUAAUACACACUAAGAAGGAAAACAGUACAACAUUUUCAAACUCAUCUGGACGCCACAAACUAAAUGUAAAAACUUUUCCGAUAGUUUAAGACGACACUCACGACGCUAAUGCUAACUCUACAAGUUACAUUUAGUGUGUUAUCAUCAGUGUUGUUAAUUAAUAACUGCGUUAGAGUCAGGGGUCGCGUUAACCGAAUAUUUUCCGUCGUUGACCGGUUUUUUAAAAACGGUGACGGAAAAAACUGAAGUCCGUCCGUCAUUUUGACAGGUUGCAAGUUACACCCCAGACCACAGGGUGGCGAGUGAGCAUAUUAAUUAGCUAUUGUCUCUCUUAAUGCAUGACGUCGUUGGCUAUUCAGUCAGACUAUUGUAGCGUCAUCGGGGUCUGGCAGCGGCACCGUGAUUGACACAUCAACGCGAGGUUCUUAUUGGUGCACCCGGUGUGCCAGCGCGUCAUCCAAUUGGUGGACUAGAUUGCCGCCUGUGUAUAGACCCCAAUCACAUAACGUCACAACUCAGCCCCCCCGGACUGGAGCCGCCAUUUGUCCGUCAGCUCGUCAUGUUUACACAUUACCGCUACGUACAUGCCUCCUAUUACGGCGUGUUUUUCUGCUCGUUAACAUUAAUAAUCAAAAUGGUGAAGGCGUGUGUGGCGGUUGGUUGCAGUAACAGAGAAGAUAGACGGAGAGACUUGAAGUUCUACCGUAUUCUGAGAGACCCGAAGAGGAGAGCGAGAUGGACUGCUGUAAUUCGACAAGAAAUCUGGGCACCAAACGAUCACCACAGACUAUGUAGUAGUCAUUUUAUAUCUGGUAAGAUGCAUUUAAUAUAUAUUUAGAAGAUUUUGGGCUGACAACCACAAUUGAGAUCAUUGUGUGACGUUGGUGAUUGGGGUCUAUAUAGUUGCCUCUUU